UACGUUGGAGCCUGGCCGCCAGCACGCUGGAACUCGCGGUGGGCGACCGGACCCGGCGGCUUCUGAGCCCGGGGCACCUGGAGGCCUCCUGCCCCUCAUCCGAGGCCCCCAGGGAGACAAGAACUCACAUCCAAGCUGUACCAUCAUGAGAAACAAAUAGGAAAGGACAGCCUUAAGCAAUUUUGGACAAGCCUAUUUUUCCAUUUAAAUGAAACGUCUGAUGUUUGGGGAGGCAAGAUGCCCUUUUCAAUUAUGGGCACUUUCACAAGCAGCCAAUGAGAUGAGUAUUGGUACAGUUUACAUAACAGCAAACAGAACUCUACGAGGCUGUCACUUGCUAGUGUGCAGACCAAGGCCAGGGAAGACUCAGGUUCACAUUCCAAGGAAGGAGCCAGUGCACAAAGUGCUCUUGGGAGACAAAAUCCUCGCUCAGACAAAAUCCACUCUCAUGGGUGAAACACUGGCAAAGAGCACCUGCUGCUUUGGGAGGCUAACAGGAGUUGUAUUUGUGGUCACGCUGCCACCAGGCUCCCUGGAGUCCUCAGCCAUGCAAGGCGGACCAGUGCCCAACCCGAACGUCACUGCGCGUGCGCACAUCAUCCCUGUGCCCUCAAGGCCUGCAGAUGCGACUGCGACUGCGACUGCGCCUGCGCAAGCAUCUUCAUGAUGUCAGGGCCUCCCCGGCCUUAAGUGGAGAUUGCGUCUGCGCCAGGAACAGCUGGUGGAACCGGCUCCCUGGGCUGCGGCUUCCGGUUUGGAGAACGCACCUGGGGCUUCGCGUGCUGUGGGGUGUUUGUGCGGCUGCGCGGCCCGGGAGGGGGCUCGGAGUCCCCGGAGCGAACGGGGUUGGGGUACGUUUGGCAGACAGACCCUGGGCUGGGGUGACCCAAGCCGAAGGGAACCACCCCGCGUCUUUUCGGCCCACCGAUUGCUUAUAGUCUUUAAAGUUUUUUUCUUGUUUCGGGACAGGAAGUCUUUCGGCCCAUUCGCCCCGGCCGGAGUCGCAGCUAAACCAGAGGAUUCCGCAUCGCGUCUAUGGCUACCCCACAGACUUCACAAACUGUUGCGUCUCACGUUCCUUUUGCAGAUUUAUGUUCAACUUUAGAACGAAUACAGAAAAGUAAAGGACGGGCAGAAAAAAUCAGACACUUCAGGGAAUUUUUAGAUUCUUGGAGAAGAUUUCAUGAUGCCCUUCAUAAGAACCAAAAAGAUGUCAGGGACUCUUUUUAUCCAGCAAUGAGACUUAUUCUCCCUCAGCUCGAAAGAGAAAGAAUGGCCUAUGGAAUCAAAGAAACCAUGCUUGCUAAACUUUAUAUUGAAUUGCUUAAUUUACCUAGAGAAGGAAAAGAUGCCCUUAAGCUUUUAAAUUACAGGACACCCACUGGAACUCGUGGAGAUGCUGGAGACUUUGCGAUGAUUGCGUAUUUCGUGUUGAAACCAAGAUGUUUGCAGAAAGGAAGUUUAACAGUACAGCAAGUAAAUGACCUUUUAGACUCAAUUGCCAGCAAUAAUUCUGCCAGAAGAAAGGACCUAAUAAAAAAGAGUCUUCUUCAGCUUAUAAGUCAGAGUUCAGCACUGGAACAAAAGUGGCUUAUACGGAUGAUAGUCAAGGACUUGAAACUUGGCUUUAGUGAGCAAUCUGUAUUUUCUGCCUUCCACAACGAUGCUGCCGAGUUGCAUAAUGUCACCACGGAUCUUGAAAAAGUCUGUAGGCAACUGCACGAUCCUUCCGUCGGACUUACUGAUAUUUCUAUCACUUUAUUCUCUGCCUUUAAACCAAUGCUGGCUGCCAUAGCAGAUAUUGAGAGAAUUGAGAAGGACAUGAAACACCAGAGUUUCUACAUUGAGACCAAGCUAGACGGUGAGCGUAUGCAAAUGCACAAGGAUGGGGAUGUGUAUCAGUACUUCUCCCGGAACGGGUUUAACUAUACAGAUCAGUUUGGAGAUUCUCCACGGGAAGGCUCUCUUACACCAUUCAUUCACAGUGCAUUCAAAACAGAUGUGCAAACCUGUAUCCUGGAUGGUGAGAUGAUGGCCUUCAACCCUAAUACACAAACUUUUAUGCAAAAGGGGAAUAAGUUCGAUAUCAAGAGAAUGGUGGAAGAUUCCGAUCUGCAAACUUGUUACUGUGUUUUUGACGUACUGAUGGUUAAUAAUAAAAAGCUAGGGCGUGAGACCCUGAAAAAGAGGUACGACAUUCUCACUAGUGUUUUUACACCAAUACCAGGUAGGAUAGACAUAGUGCAAAAAACACAAGCUCAUACGAAAAAAGAAGUAAUUGAUGCUUUGAAUGAAGCAAUAGACAAAAGAGAGGAGGGAAUCAUGAUCAAACACCCUCUAUCCAUUUACAAGCCAGACAAAAGAGGUGAAGGAUGGUUAAAAAUUAAACCAGAGUAUGUCGAUGGGUUGAUGGAUGAACUGGACACCUUAAUUGUGGGGGGCUAUUGGGGUAAAGGUUCGCGAGGCGGAAUGAUGUCUCAUUUUCUGUGUGCUGUAGCAGAGAAACCUCCUCCUGGUGAAAAGCCCUCCAUGUUUCACACUCUCUGUCGUGUUGGUUCAGGUUAUACCAUGAAAGAACUGUAUGAUCUGGGUUUGAAAUUGGCCAAGCAUUGGAAGCCUUUUCAUAAAAAAGCUCCACCAAGUAGCAUCUUAUGUGGAACAGAGAAGCCAGAAGUGUACAUUGAGCCUUGUCAUUCUGUCAUCGUUCAGAUUAAAGCAACAGAGAUCGUCCCCAGUGAGAUGUAUAAAACUGGCUGCACCUUGCGUUUCCCCCGAAUUGAAAAGAUCAGAGAAGACAAAGAGUGGUAUGAAUGUACCACCCUAGAUGACUUAGAACAACUUCGAGGGAAAGCAUCUGGAAAGCUUGCGUCCAAACACCUUUAUGUCGGGGGUGAUGAUGAACCACAAGAGAAGAGGCGGAAAGCUGCCCCAAGGAUCAAGAAAGUUGUUGGAAUCAUUGAGCACCUAAAAGCACCUAACCUUUCUAAUGUAAACAAAGUUUCUAAUGUAUUUGAAGAUGUGGAGUUUUGUGUUAUGAGUGGAACAAACAGCCAUCCAAAGCCCGAUCUGGAGAACAGACUUGCGGAAUUUGGUGGUUAUAUAGUACAAAAUCCAGGCCCAGACACCUACUGUGUGAUUGCAGGGUCCGAGAACAUCAGGGUGAAAAACAUAAUUUCUUCCAAUGAACAUGAUGUUGUCAAGCCUGAGUGGCUGUUAGAGUGUUUUAAGACCAAAAGCUGUGUUCCGUGGCAACCUCGCUUUAUGAUUCAUAUGUGCCCAUCGACGAAGCAGCAUUUUGCCCGUGAAUAUGAUUGUUAUGGUGAUAGUUAUUUCGUUGAUACAGAUUUGAACCAACUGAAAGAAGUGUUCUCAGGAAUUAAAAAUUCCGGCGAACAAAGUCCUGGAGAAACAGCUUCCAUGAUUGCUAAUUUAGAAUAUCGAUAUUCCUGGGACCACUCCCCACUCAGUAUGUUUCGACACCACAUUAUUUAUUUGGACUUGUAUGCUGUUGUUAAUGACCUGAGUACCAAAAUCGAGGGGACGAGGUUAGCUUUUACAGCUUUGGAACUUCGAUUUCAUGGAGCAAAAGUAGUUUCUUGUUUAGCUCAGGGAGUGUCUCAUGUAAUCAUUGGGGAGGAUCAUAGUCGUGUUGCAAAUUUGAAAGCUUUUCGAAGAACUCUUAAGAGAAAAUUUAAAAUCCUGCAACAAGAUUGGGUAACUGAUUCAAUAGACAAGUGUGAAUUGCAGGAGGAAAAUCAGUAUUUGGUUUAAAGCUAGCUUUUCUAGUGAGGAAAGCCUGUGAUCUGGUGGACACGUCAUAACAGGUUGUAAAGAUAAAAUUUUAAACUACAUUUUGUUUUUAUCCCUUCAAAUUUAUGCUUAAAUGGUAUUAUUAGAAUAGGAAAACAAUAUUUUUAAGUUUUGAGAUAGGUAAGACCCUGAAUAGCCCAAAGCCAAGAAAGAAAAAAAUCUUUUAGCAGUGUAAUAUUUGAUGACUUUUAAAACCAAGAUGAAAUAAACAGUUUAAAGAAGAGGUGUUGAUAUGAUAUCCCUAUAGAAAUCUAGAAUUUUGACUCCAAUAUUAAUAAAAUACAUUCAGAAGCUUUUAGAGUCAUUAAAAGCAUUGAUCUAAAUGGAUUUUCUGGAGUCAAAUAAAAAUUGUAAUAGUUGUUAUAUAAUAAAGCAUUGCAAGAAAGAAUUGUUGUAGUUAGAUUUGUAAAAAUAUAUCUUAAAUUGAAGACUAAAAUUCUUUUAAGUUUGAAAUGUUGUAAACAAAUUUGUUUUUUAGGGUUAAGGGCAAGCUCAUAAAUGAAACCUGUUAUUGAUGUAACUAGGUAAAUUAGGGGAAAUUGAAUGAGACUUGAUGGUCUAAAAACUUAAAAUUAGAUCAGUUUGAUUAAAAGAAACUUACCAUUUUGCAAGUAUUGGGCCCACAUUUAUUGUUUCUCUAAAAUAGAGCAUGUUUCAAAGACCAUGUUUUUAUGUGAACUUUACUCCAAGAUGAAUAGUAUUCACAAAGAGUGAUUUGCCUAGAUGUAAUCCACAUGUCAAAAUAGCCUAUGUGUUGGGACUUUCAUUACAGAGAGGUAAAUUGCUCUAUUUAAAAUGAUUUUUAUCUUAGGUUAUUUAAAUUCAGUGUAUAUAAUAUAUAUUAUGUCUGGAUUUAUAUACUAAAUUUUGGAAUACAGUGUAUUCAUUAUGAAAAAUAUAUUUUCAUGACACCUCUGAAAUACAUAAAAUAUGGAACCCAAGGAACUGUGUAUAGAUCAUUUGUAUGUAGUUUUAGAUUUUAUUGAAAUGGUGGAACAAAUGUAAUUUUAUUUCUUAAUUUAAAUAAAAUAUUUAAUAUGCUAUUGAAA